ACUAUACUUUGUUUCUCACCAAAACCCAAAACAUGGGAUUCUUAACAACAUUAGUUGCUUGUUUCAUUACCUUUGCUGUAUUAUUUCACUCAUCCAAAGCUCAAAACUCUCCCCAAGAUUAUCUUAACCCUCACAAUGCAGCUCGUAGACAAGUUGGCGUUGGCCCCAUGACAUGGGACAAUAGGCUAGCAGCCUAUGCCCAAAAUUAUGCCAAUCAAAGAAUUGGUGACUGCGGGAUGAUCCACUCUCACGGCCCUUACGGCGAAAACCUAGCCGCCGCCUUCCCUCAACUUAACGCCGCUGGUGCCGUAAAAAUGUGGGUUGAUGAGAAGCGUUUCUAUGAUUAUAAUUCAAAUUCUUGCGUAGGAGGAGUAUGUGGACAUUAUACUCAGGUGGUGUGGCGUAACUCAGUACGUCUUGGUUGUGCUAGGGUUAGAUGCAACAAUGGGUGGUAUUUUAUAACUUGCAAUUAUGAUCCACCUGGUAAUUGGAGAGGACAACGUCCCUUUGGCGAUCUUGAUGAGGAACCUUUUGAUUCCAAGUUGGAACUUCCAACUGAUGUCUAAUGAGUGCACGUACAUGAACAAAUUAUCAUGAAUAAAGCUUCAUGUGUUAAGGAAAAUAAAAUGCAGUACUAUGAUAUGUGUGAAUUUAUCGUCCUAGUUGGACAAUAAUAUAAUGGUGUAGCACCUGGACUGUUUGGACCCUAGCUUCCAUGUUGGUUGAUGGAAUCAGUUUAUAUAUGAGUUUUCUGUUGGUUUAUAUUAUUUUUAUUAAAA